AAUUAAUGUAAUUGCAAAAAUCCACUCAGGUUUAGUUUAAAACACGUAUCCGCGGAUUCUUCACAGUCUUAAGAUGUUGUCCCAGAAAACAUCAGGAAUGUUGGUUGUGAUAUCAUUUGUGAUAGUUUUCACUGUUACAUGUGUCACUUCUCAAAGAAGUAAAGUAGCCUGUGACGAAGAUGAAUUCCAGUGUCGGAGAGGCGAAUGUAUUCCAGACGUUUGGAGAUGUGAUGGCGAACCAGACUGUAAAAAUAGACGGGAUGAAAAGAACUGUCCGACAGAGAGAUGUGAUGAACAUCACCAUUUAUGCAAUGACAAUUCACACAAUCGCUGUAUCCCUAUAGCCUAUAGAUGUGACAAUGACUUAGACUGUGAAGAUGGUAGUGAUGAAGACCCUGCAAUCUGUAGAGCCCCACGAGGAUGAAACUAGAUACAAAAUGUAGCAGUGAAAGAGGCUGAAACUAGUAUCAUUUCGUUGCUUAAUAGAGAGCAACCCGGUGGUUAGAGGAAAAUUUCUUCAAUUUGAUUUACAUUUUUUUUAUUUCUUUUUUAUUGUUAUGCAUUGUUUAUUUUCAAUAUUAAAUAUUUACAUUUUCA